AUGGAUCUAAUUGGCAAGAUUAAUCCUCCUUCAUCUAAGGGUCAUCAUUGGAUUAUUCUAGCUACCGAUUACUUUACUAAAUGGGUAGAAGCUGAGGAAUAUGUAUCGGUAAUUCAUAAUACCGUUAUACUGUUUUUGGAGCGACAUAUCUUUCAUCGAUUUGGAUUACCGGAAAUAAUUGUUGUCAAUAAUGGUUCUGUUUUUCGAGCAAAUAAAGUAUUACAACUUGGCCGUGAUAUGCAGGUUGAGGCUUCAAAUAAAGUUGUUAUUAAAAUUAUUGAGAAAAUGAUAAAAGACAAGCCGAGGCGUUGGCAUGAAACCCUUUCAGAGGCUUUAUGGGCUUAUAGAAACUUAAAAAGGACAAGUAUGGGAACAACUCCAUAUCGGCUAACAUUUGGUCAUGAUGCGGUGUUGCCGAUUGAGUUAAAUGUUAAAUCGGCAAGGGUAGCUUUGCAACAUAAUCUCAUACCUGCCGAUUAUAACGAAGCUAUGCUUGCCGAGUUGAAAGACUUAGAUGAAGUCCAAAAACUUGCUUUGGAUCACCUUAUAGUACAUAAAGCAAAAGUAAUGAGGGCUUACAACAAAAGGGUGAAGUUCAAGUCAUUUGUAGAAAGCGAUAUGGUAUGGCAAACAAUUCUUCCACCUGGGAAGGUGGAUAGAGUUUAUUGGCAAGUGGUCACCUACUUGGAAGGGUCCAUAUUUAGUUCAUCAAGUAUUGCAUGGAGGAGCUUACAGGUUAAAAGAUCUAGAUGGUGA